CAACGAAUAGGUCCUUUCCUCCGUUGCGACAACAAUGCUUGUGAUGCUUCCUUCCUUAAAAUGCCCCUUGCCCUGUUGUCUAUUCGUCGAGACCUAUCUACACGUUCUGAGAGACGAAGCGAUGGAGCUAGAAUUAGGACUCAAGAUCACACAGACUCGAGAUGAUGUCAGCUCCUCGACCGAUCUUCGCAUUGCAAAGGAUGGAAGCGGAGUUGUUUUCUUGUCUAGAGAAACCGAAAACAUGUUCAUCCUCACUGCUCAUCUCGAAGGAUACAUAAAAGGGCACAUCGACAUAAAUAUAAAUGAAGACGGAACUCGCAUAACAAUCACUGGAAAUAAGGCCGUGCAGGAGAAGGUGAUGCUCGGGUGGAUCUUGUACAAAAAGGAGGUGGAAUUGAGAGGGUUUAAAAAGGCUUUUAGAAUUCCGGGAGGUGUGGACUUAGAUGAGAUCACGGCGAAGUUCGAUGAAGACGAAGCGAUUCUCACGAUUUUCAUGCCCAAAAUGGUUCAGGGAGUUUCCGGGCAUGAAAUUGAGGAAGUUGAGGAACCAGAGGAUGAUCGAGGUCAUAUGACAAACACGGACUAUGAAGAGGCACCUGAAUUGGCGCCCGCAAAAGCAGAAGAAGCGGCUCGAGAAUCUGAGUUACCACAUACAUCAUCAGCAAGCCAACGACUUCCUGCCGAAGGUCCCGCGCCAAGGCCAUUGCCAAAGGAGGAACCUAAAAUGGGGGCCCAGUCAACAAAAUUUGAAGAUAAUCAAGGACAAGGGAAGGUGGAUGAUGUUCAGAGCGAAUGUCCCGAGGAUGACAAACAUAGAGAGGUCAGUGAAAACACUGCCUUAGUGAAGAGCAAGCCAAAGAAAAGCAGGAAGAUAUGUGCUCCUGCUAAAGUUGCUGGGUCUGCAUUUCUAGUCUCUCUUAUAGUGAUUGUCAUUCAGUUGAUUAGGGCCAAGAGAUGAAUAAUUAUAAGCACCUAUAGAUCUUUGGUCUGAUUAUUUGAUUAUUGAAAUUAAUGCCGGGAGUUAAUUCAUGCCACUGGCCAGAGUUGGCAAAUGCAUUAAACUGUUUCAUGUAACUACCCUACCAGAUACUGCAAUAAGGUAGCAAGAUGAAACAGAAAGUAUGUCCAGUCCACAACACUUGGUCGAGUCCUUUAAAGAAUGAACUGAUGGAUUGUUCAUGCUUCUCUCUUCGAUCCGAUUCUUCUGUAAGAGACUCUGUAGGGGCAUGCGCAACUGCCUUAAAUUGUAAGAAAGAAGUGGAAUAUUUGCAUUUUUCCUCUGAAGUGUCUCCGUUUCAGUCUGCAAUUCAAGAGCAGGUACCUCUUGAUAGAACUUGUAAAAGCAUCCCUAUUCUCUUGCAUAUAUUGUAGAAGGGGAACACCAGACCACCACCUAAAUCUGCAUGUUCUGCCUGCUAAGAUCUGAUUUCUUGCAAGCAAUAUCAAUGAUUUGCUCAAUGAAAUGAAGAAUUCAGGAUG